CCAGAAGACCCCUCCCUCCCUCCCUCCCCCUCUCUCUCUCUCUCUCUUUUCAACCAACACUCGGAAAUUCAAACUGAACUUCUCAAGCAUUACAUUUCACCUCUCUCUCUCUCUCUCUCUCUCUCUCUCUCUGUACCUUCUUUUGCACAACACAAUACAGCUGCAAAAGAAUGAAGAAAUACGGACCCACGAAUGUCUCUUCCUUUUCUUUCGGACACAAACCCCUUAAAAUCCUCCACCCUCCGCAGAUCUCGCAAGACCGAGAUGAAAGAAAGAGAAAGGAAAUUCAUAGAGAGAGAAAGAGAAAGAAAAAGAGGGAAAUACUGACACCCAACAGCUUUUUUUUGCUUCCAACUUUUAACGGUUUUUAACCCAUUAUUGUCAAUCUUUUUUCUAUGUGCAAAUGGAAACCCAUUUGUAGCUAAUGUAGGGGUUAAUUCCCCCAUCUCUGAAACCCCAAUUUCCCCAUCUGGGUCGAUCUUGUUCCCACCCCAAUUUGAUCACCCUUUGAUGGGUUUUGGGGUUUAAUGGGUUGCAUUAGCUCCAAACAGGCGAGAUCUUCGUCGCCGGAUUUCGUUCUCUCUGUAGCAGUAGAUCGGGAAAAUGGGUUGUUGGCAAAUGUCGAUUCCUUGUCGUCUCGAAGCCGCCGGAGUGGUUUCGGGGAAUUAGGGAAGAUAAAGGAGGAAUCAGAGAAGGAGAGAGGGGAUGAAUCGGUGGGAAGAAAUGGAGAUUUGAAGAAAUCCAAGUCCACAAAGAAGGGGAGCUCUGAAAAGAAGGCUGCUUUCAGCUUGAAAUUUGGGAGGUACAUUGAAGCAGAACAAAUCGCCGCCGGUUGGCCCCCUUGGCUCAGCGCUGUCGCCGGCGAAGCGGUCGAGGGAUGGCUGCCCCUGAGGUCGGAAUUAUUCGAGAAAUUGGAUAAGAUUGGACAAGGUACAUACAGCACCGUGUACCGUGCACGUAAUGUUGAAACUGGUGGAAUAGUUGCCCUGAAGAAGGUGCGGUUUGACACUUUUCAACCAGAAAGUGUUCGGUUCAUGGCACGAGAAAUUGCAAUUCUCCGCAGGCUUGACCAUCCAAAUGUCAUGAAAUUGGAGGGGCUGAUUACUUCUCGAUUAUCAUGUAGCAUAUACUUUGUGUUUGAAUACAUGGAACAUGAUCUUUCUGGACUAUCAUCAAGUCCCGACAUCAAGUUCAGCGAUGCACAGAUAAAGUGCUAUAUGCGGCAGCUCUUAUCUGGAGUCGAGCACUGCCACUCACGAGGAGUUAUCCAUCGAGACAUCAAAACAUCCAAUAUUUUGGUAAACAAUGAAGGAAUUUUGAAGCUAGGAGAUUUCGGAUUGGCCAAUCUCCUUAGUGCAAGGCACAGGCAACCAUUAACAAGUCGUGUAGUGACAUUGUGGUAUCGUCCUCCUGAACUUUUGUUGGGGUCAACGAAUUAUGGAGCAUCAGUGGAUCUGUGGAGUGUGGGCUGUGUAUUUGCUGAACUUUUUAUCAAAAAGCCUAUUCUUAAGGGAAGAACUGAGGUUGAACAAUUGCACAAGAUUUUUAAGCUUUGUGGUUCCCCUACUGAUGAAUUCUGGAAGAGGACUAAACUUCCGCUUUCAACCAUGUUUAAACCCCAAAAUCCUUAUGAAAGUACUCUUCGGCAGAGGUGUAAAGAAUUCCCCAAAACUGCUGUGAAGCUUAUAGAAACUUUUCUUUCCGUAGAACCUUACAAGCGUGGGACUGCCUCAACUGCCCUUGAUUCUGAGUAUUUUGCCACAAGGCCUUACGCAUGUGACCCGUCAAGUUUGCCAAAAUACCCACCAAACAAAGAGAUGGAUGCAAAGUUGCGUGAGGAAGCGCGAAGAAGAAAGGGUGGAGGUAGAUUGCGAGCAUCUGGAGCUUCAAGGAAUCUAAGAAGAACCCGUAAAGCUUUGCAAGAAUCAAGCACUCUCCGUAAAGUGGUACCAACAGAGGCAAUGGAAGCCAGUACUCAAUUUGCCCGUAGAAACAAUGGCAGUAAUGCACAUCUUCCCAAAGGAGCCACCGACGGUCGGGCGACUAUGACAGGAUCAUAUGAUACAGUGUCUGAGGCGUCUCAGUUGACAGAGUUAUCCCAAGGGAACAGUAUUCACUCAGUCCCAAUACAAGUCUCAGCAUCAAGUGGUUUUGCCUGGGCAAAGGGAUGGAAAGGGGAUGCUGCAUCCACAAGAUUAUAUGGUCAAGCCAAUUCAAGAAGUCAAAACAUGAGUGAAUUAGAACCAUCCAGCAUCCUGCAUGCAAAAGAUAUGUUGGACUCGACAGGGCAAGAGAAUGAAGAGUUUUUAAACAGGGUCCAUAGUGAUUUGAGAGGUUGUGAUUCAUUUGAGAUUGCCAACCAUGCAAUGCGGAGGCAGCUAAACCAACUUGAUAGGCCAGAGUCUUUCGAUGCAUCUGAUUUAUACCUGUCUCAGGAAUUAUCAGCGGAUUAUAAUGAUCAGCAACGAAGUGUUCAAUAUUCGGGGCCAUUGUUAUCUCAAUCACAUAGUAUGGAUGAAAGGCAAGAAAGUCAUAUCCGUCAAGCUGUCGGUAGAUCACGGUUUUAUAGAGACUUGUGAUGCACAGAAAAUGGGAGUGCAAUAUUUCUCGACAACAUCAGAGAGGGCAAAACUUGUGCAGACUUGUAGCAAACUUUCGUCAAAGUCCUUCAAACUUGAGGAGCUCGAAAUGCUGCUUCUUGUUAGAUAUCUGUUGCUACCUUCCUGAGGUUUUAACCUAUAUCUCAUAUCCAUUGUAGUAUUGUACCCAUGAAAAAAAAAAAAAAGGAAAAAAUGAAUAAAGAUGGAAAAUGACAUAUUUCUUGCAAUAUUUUAGAAACUUGAAAAGAAAAUGGAGUCACAAGCCAAAAUUAUGCAAAAAAAUUUAAACAAUCUUGAGAACUAAAAUUCAUAACAUGUGGAAAAACUGGUUACAUCAAAUGCUUGGAAGAACAAAUAAGCUCAUCCAAGUGCAUUUAAAACAUAGUGGAACAGUUUCAUUUUUGGCUUGUGUACACAUAUCUUACUUUCAUAGUUUCA